ACCAAUUUAUGCUUUUUUGACAAUUUAUCAUCAUUCAUCGUCAAAAUUUCUGUGUACUUAAACAUGACCCAAUCACCCCCUGUCGACCUCUACUUUUAUGUAAAAUGUGCCAAGCCCCUGAUUUUCGCCCUAUCGUCCCUCUCAGACAGAUCCCUGGCUUGUGCUUGGCUCAAGCGUUUGGUCGAGGACUCCUCUCUCUCCGAAUUACAGAAGAAUAAUUACGUCAAACUCCUAAUCUACUUCCUCCAGAAACGCAAACUGGGCCCCCCUUUCAACAAGCACCCCUCGAAAAUCAGAGACUUGGCUGAGACGCCUGAAGUUUGUCGGAGUGAUGAAAACCCCCGGGCGCGGUUAUACGCGUGUGACUUUUCGGGGGAUUUACUCAAUUAUGUGGCUUAUCAGGACAUUGAGGAUUUCGGGGUGCAUUGCUAUUACGCCAUGUCUAGACAGCCGAUAACGUUUUGGGACAGGUUUGAUAAGAGUCUUUUUCCCUCAGGGAUUGAUAAGAAGCCCCAAGGGCCGGAUUUGGGCGACGAAGACGAGCAAAUAAAGAUGGCGGUGACAGAGGACAGGGAGUUGGAGGAGAAGAAGAACGAUUUCGCCACGAAGCUGGAACGGAGGGUCAGGGGGGACGGCAAAAGGGUCAUGUUUCUGGUGGCGCCGAUCGAGUCCGACGAGAGGAUCCCCCCAAGUUGGGGCUCGAACCUCCUCCACCCCCAUUGACAAUCUUGACAAAUAAAUCAUUUGUUUCACGUUGCUUAGCUACUAAAAUAAAUAAUCUUUCAAAAGUCA